ACGUCACACAACCAGGAAGAACAUGUAUACUAGGUCACAUCUCGGUCAUAUCUACACCCUUCUAUGUGUGUUAUCAGUCUGAAAGUAACACAUUUAUGAACGUACAACAAAAAGGAAGUUAUCGUUGUUGCUGUACAUUCUGGAGCUAGAGAAACAUGGACAAUGUGAAUUAACAUUCUGAUGCUGGGGAUCGACAUCUCAGAUCGUCACACUAACCCUGUGACAUCAUGAGGUAGUUAUAAUCUUGUGUUUUUACAUAAUCAUCUGUUUAACAGGAUAAUAGACAACUUGAUGGGACUUUUCUCUGACAUCAAAGAAAACUUUAUUUCAUUUGAUAACAACAAACAAAUUCAGAAAUUCAACAAAUAUCUAUUUUUAUCAAAAUGGCAACAGCCAAAAUACCUAUCCGUACAAAAGGUCAGACAACCUGUGUUCAUCACAAGGGGAGACAACUGGAGUUUUACUGUGAGAAAUGUCAAGAGCUAGUUUGUCCAAAAUGCCUUUCCUCUAUUCACAAAAUCCAUCCAGUUUGUGAGCUAACUGAAAUCACUCCUCAAAAGAAACAAGACAUUAAAAACUUUAUUGACAGAACAGAACAAAAUGACCUGGUACAAAUUGGGAAAUACAUCACCUCUACUGAUAUCCUCAUCAAAGACAAUGACAGCGCAUUUGAGAAACUGUCACAUCAGUUGAAGAUGCAGACAGAAAAAUUAAAACAGGACCUUAACAUGCUUACAGCAGAGACACUCUCUCUUUAUCAGAAAAUGAGAGAGGACAAUGCCAAGCUCAUACAGAAAUACAAACAGGACCUGGAGAUGUACGACAAACACCUCAAACAGCAGAUACAGGAAUGUAAGACAGCACUACAGCGUGGCUCUCACACAGAAAUCUACGAUACAGAAUGUGAAAUAGAUUCCCAAAUACAUUUCCCUGCAAAACCUGUCAUGGGUACUGCCAGCUUCACUUCAAACAAACAUCCUCAAGGUCACCUGAAACUAGCCCUAGGGAAAGUGAUCAUCUCGGAUCAAGGUCAUAGAUCAGCUGACCAAGGUCGAUCAGUCUCAACAUCAGAUGAUCAUGAACAAAUCUCGAUAAAACAACAACAGUCAGGAGAUAAAGGGGAGAAAACAAGGAUUAAACUACUGUCAGAGACCACGGUGGUGGAGGAGUGGGAGCCUCCAUGUAUCAUUAAUUCUAUAUGUCCCACAAGUGAUGACCAGGCCUGGACCAGUCAUUACUACAAUGAUACAUUAACUCUCCUGGACAGGAAGGGUACCCCGAUACAAAAGGUCAAACACAAGGCUGGGAUAAAGAACAUCAGUCUGGCACCCACAACACACAGACUGUGGAUUUGUGACAUAGAAAACAACAUCCAGGAGCUGGUAUCAGGACAACUAACACACAGAUUCAGAGUCAAGGAGCUCACCAAGUGUUUGUGUGUUACAGCCAGUAAGCAUAUCAUUGUGGGAAUAGCCAAACAAAUCUCUAAAUUUACCUCACAAGGUCAGAUGGUACUCACUACAAUGGCUGUAGGGAAACCAUUAGUGUGUACACCACACAGGAUCACAGAGUGUCCUGUCACUCACAAUGUCGCAGUGAUUGAUCUCACUGAUGAAAGUGAUGGUGGUGAUGGAAAUCAGCAUGUUGUUGUCUUGGAUACUAACUUCCAGAAGCUGUUUGUAUACCGAGGUGACAUCCCCAGCACAUUUAAACAAACAAAACAAACAGGAGUUAAACCAUUUAAACUCCGAGGUGUGGUGUUUGAUAGUGUGGGGAACCUCAUCAUAGGGGACCAAAACAACAACAGGGUCCUACUCCUCAGUGGAGGUGGUGAGUUCCUCAGGAUCAUACACACAGACACAAACUGGACACUGGCUGUAGGUGUAGACAGGAAGGAUGUCCUUUGGGCAGUGUUUGGUGGUGACAAUGUAAAACUACUACAAUACAGCAGUGUGUGAUAGCUAUAAACUACUACAGAACAGCAGUGUGUGAUAGCUAUAAACUACUACAGAACAGCAGUGUGUGAUAGCUAUAAACUACUACAGUACA